AUGGUUUUUUUUUUUUUUUCCCUUUCUUUACAGAUAUUUUCCAACUUAUCCCUGAAUGAGCGUUGCCUUUCAGCGUCAUUAGUCUGUAAAUAUUGGCGUGACCUCUGUUUAGAUUUUCAGUUUUGGAAGCAACUGGAUCUCAGUAGUCGUCAACAGGUUACUGAUGAGCUGUUGGAAAAGAUAGCAUCAAGAAGCCAGAAUAUUACUGAAAUCAAUAUUUCUGAUUGUCGCAAUGUAUCUGAUACAGGAGUAUGCAUAUUAGCAAUUAAAUGUCCCGGACUCCUAAGGUAUACUGCCUACAGGUGUAAACAGCUUUCUGACACCUCUAUUAUUGCAGUUGCCUCUCAGUGUCCUCUUCUUCAGAAAGUGCAUGUGGGCAAUCAAGACAGACUCACUGAUGAAGGCCUAAAGCAGCUUGGUUCAAAAUGCAGAGAACUGAAAGACAUUCAUUUUGGGCAAUGUUACAAGAUCUCAGAUGAAGGAAUGAUCAUUAUAGCUAAAGGCUGUCUGAAGUUGCAAAGAAUAUACAUGCAAGAAAACAAAUUAGUGACAGAUCAGUCAGUGAAAGCUUUUGCUGAACAUUGUCCUGAGCUACAGUAUGUUGGUUUUAUGGGCUGCUCUGUUACAUCGAAAGGAGUCAUUCACCUCACCAAUCUAAGAAAUCUUUCCAGCUUGGAUCUACGUCAUAUCACAGAACUGGACAAUGAAACCGUGAUGGAAAUAGUAAAGAGAUGCAAAAACCUUAAUUCCCUCAAUCUGUGUCUGAACUGGAUCAUUAAUGACAGAUGUGUGGAGGUGAUUGCCAAAGAAGGCCGGAACCUGAAAGAGCUGUAUUUAGUAUCCUGUAAGAUCACUGACUAUG